AUGCCUUUACCUCAAGAAGAGCUUGAAGAGAUUAAACAGGAUUAUCUUGAUUCGUUACAAGAUUUGACUAUCAAUUCGAGGCCUCUUAUUCGAGAUCUUACAAUAAUUGCACAGGAAACCUUGUAUGCAGCACAAUAUAUUGUAAAAGCUGUUGAAGAACAUAUAAAUCGGGCACCUCCUUCACACAAACUGCCUGCUCUUUAUCUUUUGGAUUCUAUAUGCAAAAAUGUUGGAAGUCCAUAUACUAUUUAUUUUAGUCAAAAUCUUUCUAAGAUAUUUAUUAAUACGUAUACUCUUAUGGAGCCUCAUUUGCGUAUGAAAAUGGAAGAAUUAUUACAGACGUGGAAGCAACCAGUUCCUGGAACAAAUUCACUUACACCUGUAUUUUCUCAGGAAAUUACUCGUAAAAUUGAUGGUCUUUUAAAUAAAAUUCGACAAUUGCGUCUACAGCAUGACCAACAGCGUAAAUUACAAGCAUCUAAAUCUACUAUGAUUCCCUCUGUGCCUCUAAACAGUGUUGUUGAUUAUUCCUCUGGAAUAAUAAAUCUCGGAAAUAUCUCUGGUAAUCCAGAUUAUAUAGGGAAUCAACAUGCAUCCUUGUCUAUUACAUCGAAUAUUACUGUGAAUUCUCUUUUGGUUGACAUUUCUUCUCUUUUAGCUGUUGCUCAAAAACGUGUUCUUUUAAAUCCAGAUGAUGAAAUAGCCUUAAAGCAAAUCCCUGCACUUAUAAAAUUACAGUCAAUACUUCAAAUUUCAGCAUUGCCUGCUGAUCAAUUGUAUGCAAUUAAAGAACAAUUAUCAGCUUUAUCUUUACAACAACAACAAAAUACAUUACAAGCGGUUCAUUAUUAUCCUCUUCAAGCUUCAUAUAUUGGUUCUUCUAUUAAUGUGCCUCCUAAUAUACAAUCUACAGAUACAGAAACCUUAUUAGCUUCUCUAAGAAGUGCAGGUUUACUUACAGAUGUUUCUAAAAAUUCAACUAAUGAUCUAAAAUCUUGUCUUUCUUUGGAUCCUAACAAUUUAACAUUAUCUUCUCUCGCAUUACUAAAUAAUAGUUUGAACACAAUUGAACUUAAAUCAUCCUCUCUUACAAAACAUCGCCCUGAACUUGUAGUCUUAUUGUACGAGUGCAUGAGUUUGCAAUGUCAUACAUGUGCCAAAAGAUUUGAAGAUACCCAAGAUGGUAGAAAAAAAAGAGAUGCUCAUCUUGAUUGGCAUUUCCGUAUUAAUAAUAGAUUAAGAGAAUUAUCGUCGCGAGGUCAGAGUAGAAGUUGGUAUUUUGAUGAAGAGGAAUGGAUAAAGUAUACUCAUGAAGAUGGUUCUUUGAUAACAGUGGAACCUUUGGAUAAUGAUUUAGAUAAACCUAAAAAACAUAAAGAUUUUAAUCAUGACGAUUCAUAUGUCCUUACGCCUACUGAUCCCAAUGCUGCAAAUGAGCCUUGCCCGAUAUGUAAGGAAAAAUUUAUAAGUGUAUGGAAUGAAGAUGUGGAAGAAUGGGUAUGGAAAAAUUCAAUUUCUAUAGAAGGUGUUAUAUAUCAUGCAAAUUGUUUAUCUGAAGCAAGUGCUGCUAGUCAAGCACUUUUAAAAGAAAAUACAUUUGAAUUAGUAGUUAAAAAUGGAGGAACCUUAAACACUGUAUUGGGAAAAAGAAAAAAAAUAAGCGAAUAA